UAGCCGUGGCCCAGUGAGAUUCUCACUGUGUGUUGAAUUCAACGGAUACCCAAGCAUGCACUUUGCAUCUCUCUCCCGCGAAUUUCUCACCGAUACUUUUUCCCCAAUGAUACCUUGGUACACUAGUAUUGGUGUGCAAUCCGCAUAAGCCACGCCUGCGUAGAUUGCACCUGGUGGUGGUUACGGUGGGGCAACUAUACCGAGCGUAAUACAGUACUGGCGGGGGUAGAAUGGGCGAAACACGAUGGUAUAAGGGAGCGGGCGCGUCGUGACGCCUCUGCAGUGAGCGCCGCGACGCUUAUCUGUACGUAUAUGUGAAAAGACUACGGCUAUAGUCCAUCUGUUUCUCAUGAACACGAGGGUGACACUCAUUAAUAUCAGUCAUUUAUCGACAAUUAAAGUGACUGACAUUCUUGCACAAUUGCACCUCGUUAUGCUGGAAAUUGUCUGAGGAAUUGGUGUUACGUGACACCAAGAGGAGAGGCCCACUGGCAUCUGGAGGGGACUAAUGAAUAGAAUUUGGCGACCUAGCCACUAGCCAAUCCCUCGGGAUACGAUGACAUCGAGGAAACCAUUGCCGAUACUGAAAUUAUUCAGUGGGUCAGAAGGAAGUGGACGACCAUACGGUCAACCGAGGCCCGGUGAAGAUGGAGAAUCGGUUAAACGUGAAACGUGAGAGGGUGGGGGAGGUGGAGGGGAUGACGUUGGCGAUGGGGUUGGCCCCCGGAGGGCAGAGCCGUCUCCGUCCGCCACCCCCCCGAAAACUAGACAGCCAGAACCGCAAAACGUCUUACUGAAGCCAAAGACCGAGAGAGGUCAACUCCACUUGGAAGCUGUCUACCCUGCGAACGUGAUAGGGUUGACUAUUCUCCUUCUGUGUGCACUUGUGUUUCUACUACUCAACUCAAACCCAAAUUCCCCCCCCGCCCCCCAGCAUCCCCUGUCCCACUCACCCUAUCCCAGACUGCUUUGACUCUCUCACUUCGUGUUAUACAGACUUCCUCACUAAACCAACCCCUCUUUCAGUUCCUUCGCUUACCGGACGGGAGACGUUGACUACCCUAGCCUUUGCGGUGAGCCAAAAGUUUUUCCUCUUCUUUUCGUAGCCUCUGCGCUCAAGGAAACCGCGUACUUGAGAAACUUACCCCCUGAGAAUUGACCAAUCUUGUGUUCGGGUACCUCGCAGAAGUUGAACGAAAGAUGAAAUUAUUUAAGUUAUAUUUGUCUCUAUGAAAAUUCAGGAAUGGAAUGUAUGACUAUUUUUUUAAUACGCAUGAGCACUCGGUAAUCAUGCAGAUGGUCUGAUGUUGGCUGUUACUAGGGGAAUUGUUUAAAAAUAUUCGUGGGAUUUUAUUGAACAGACUGGAAGGAGAAUGCUAAAUGCCUGCGUAGAAAAAUAUCUGUCAGAAAUUUUUGGAGGAAUCUUCCAAAGAUUAUUCUGAGAAGCUUUUUGUCAACUCCACCCCCAGACACCCAUUGAACAUGAGAAAUUAGGAUUAAAUUGGCAGGAACCUACAGAGAGUAAAUGGACGUAAUAAAUUACUGUUCCUUAUUUUGAAUGUAAGGAUAUUUGAUGAAAUUCCUGCCAUCGAAAUGAAUCAAAGCCGGAGGGUGAGAAUAAUUAUUGAUACGAAUGUGUAGGUAAUUAUGUGGUCUCUAGGUUGAUUAUCACUUGGAUAGAUAUAUCAAUAGUUCGUUAGAAUGAAUUAGAUCGAAUGAAAUAGAAAAUAAAAUUCAACGAGAAAAACCAAAAGACGACUGCGAAGAAGACCAGGACUUUUGCCGGGGUAAAUGAUGAACGCAUGUUGGUCAGUAACUCAUAAUUAUCAAUUUGCGGGCUUCUGGUAAUGUGCGUAUCGAUGUGAUGAGUUAACGAGUUGGGCCCGGAGUAUUCGCUGGGGCCAAGUGCGAAUGAAUUGGAGGGACUAACGAUGCGCGUUAAUUGCUACGAAAUGGAUAGACACGCAACCCUUUACUCCACCAUCCUCCUGACACAAUUGAACAACGUUACUGGGAUGGGAGAGGGGUGGUGGGGAAUUGGAGGACUAGCAUGUACCUUCUAUCACCCCUCAUCACCUAUCACACAGGCUAAUUUUCAAUGUACAUGUAUAACACGUACAGUGGGCGCAUCACGGUUUCAUCGUAUAGUUAUACUGUACGCAGAUCCGUCCAUUAUCAAUUUUCAAUCUGUCGAAUGGAAUGACUCGUCCAAAACGUAUGUCAUAUUGAUGACGCCCAUUAACGGCGAUACUUAGGAAUUUUGUAAGAUUCGUAGCGAUCGUUUCAACGGCAGAAUUCGAUUGUCCUGUGCACCCGAGGAAAUGAUGCAUUUGAAUAGAAUAAAUUGCAUUGACUUUUUUUCUUUUAUGUUAACAAUAUCUUGUUUGAGACGAAUCAACUCACAUAUUCGUUUUAUUGAAAAUGGUGUUGUAUGUGGAAUCCAUAACCAUGUGAUUCAUUCAGAAUGAAAUAUUUGUUUAUAUUAAAAGAACUGUUUUUGAAUGCGAAUGAAAAGGCUAAAACUCAAGUUCUUUUUCCAAUGAAACCUUAAUAGUUAAGGAAGAUUUAUUUAAUUGAACUGAACCAUUUCUUUGAAGGUAAAUUACCUGAGAAAUAACAGAUAUUAAUUUUAAAAUAAUUUAUUGAAUUUUUACGGAUUGUAGGGAGAAGGAUUGACAACGAAAAAAAGUGAUAAAAAUGGUGCGAGAAUAAUAAUAUUUAAUAAAAAAUAUUGAUGAUGAGAAUUGAAAAUAUACCGGUUGUAAAUGUAUCUACUCUCCGAAUGAAAUGUUAUUUCAUAAGAGUUGUCAUAAUAUAAUAUUAACGAGGAGCACACAGAAUUUCAAUGCUCGGGUAGUCGUACAAAGGGUGGAUAUGAAAACAAGGCCACUGUAAUUCCGACAUAGAGACUGCGUUAUGGAAUGGCGAAAUGAAUUUCUCAGUUGAAGCUAAUCUCCAAAGCUGGGUGGCUGAUAUUAUUGCGGAAUUUCAUGAAUAGGAAAAUUAUGUGGGGGAAUUAAUGCUGCAGGUAAGACCCGACGGUCCAAAUUACUUUUUAUGGAUCGAUGGGGAAUCGGUAUAAUUUUUUUGAAAAACAUGAAAGAAUUUAGCGAGAAUAUUCAUGCCAAUUUUUAAUAAAUAAUAAAUAUGCAAUUAGUGAAUCGGGUAUUCAUUGAAUCGAAGAUUCUGGAGAACACGUGCAGGAUUUUAUCAUUAUUCUAGAAAAAAAAUCGAGUGCAAACUCUAAACGAAAUUUAUAUGAGCGAGUUAUCACUCGGCGGAUAGUUGAAACACAAGUGGAUGAGCGCGAAUUUCUAAAAUUAAUAUUUAUUGAUAGUCUCAGUGAGUGAUUACGGAUUUUUACAGUGGUUUAACGGGUGUAUUAAAGUAUCGAAGUUCUAUAAAAGUGUAAAUUUCUGGAUUUCUUCUAAGACUCACCAUGUAAUACUAAAUUUUAGAACUUCCACGACCAAACAGUUCUACAUUUUUAUCUCGUUUACCCCCAAAUUCGCAGCUGUCUAAUCCGAACGGUUUCGUUCUCUCAAAUUACGUAAUCAUUCACUGAAGAACCUAGUUAAGACCGUCAUCCCCCCGCCAAGGCUGGAGCAAUCGUUGAGCGGAGAAAAAACAAACGAUGGAAAUACUGAAAUACUUCACCAGUAUUUCGCCUGAAGUUCGUACGAAUAUAGCACUCCAGCAGAAAAGCGUCGGCAUUCCCCCGUCUUUUCUCACAUAUAAAAUUACAAUAAGUCUAUCAACUGAAUCGUACGCCGGUCAGUAAAUAAUGCACAUUAAAGUAAACUUUUCCCAAAACAUUCGAUUUUCUGUUUCAAAUGAAACCCCAGAAAAAAUGCUGUAACCAAAUGAUAAAUCGGAUUAAGUCGAUUUAUUUUUCCUCGUCUACUACUCUCGCACAUGACCAACCCCAGCGUUAUAAAUAUUAUCUUCCCCUCGGGAACCAAAAGGACAGGCUCAUACGAAUCUCAGGUUAAAUACCGGCGAUCUCAGUCUUCCUACACUUUCCUUUUCUCCGUGAGGGCACCCGUAGAUCGCGGCGAAGAACGAAGUGUAACACAGGGUAGACAAUAUAGGGACCAUCACGGGGUGUUGUAUGUGUGCACUGGUUUUACGAGAAGAAGGAUUCAGAAAAGGGUACAUAAAAUAUAUAUAUAUGCUGAGAAUACCGUACAGAUACUGGCGGUUCAUUUCAUGAAUAUUUCAGCGGCCUGCGUUGGCAAUAAAUACAGGCUCAUGUUGUAUGAGCACUCACUCCUCCCCUCACCCCAUUCCUGUUACCCCGUCGUCCUCUACCCACUCCCUCCGGCAGUUGGAAUUGUAUUCCUGAGGCGAUGUGUGCAGCCAGAAAAUGGUUGGUGCGUGGUGGCGAACAUGGCACCAACGACACCUCAAAACCAUCCACUCCCUCUUCACGCAUUUCCUCGUUCUGCUAUCCACCAUCCCUCACUCUCUCAUUCCACUUUCAUCCCCCGGCCACUAACCGUGGGGCUACAGUUAAUGCGUAGAAUACUAAUUGAGUACGAAAUGUAUAAAGACACGCACGAUACGACAAAUUCAUUUGUUACACGUGUGGUUAUGCCUGCUAAUGCUGUGAAAUUUCAAAAUCAGGUUUAGGAAUGAAGUUGUUGAGGAUUGUUAAUGUCGUGGACGGAGGGAAUCUAGCUCAAUUGAGCUACCCUGGGAGAUGAUAAAUUUCGGGGUGAAUAAACUCUAGUUGAAGGAAGUGAAUGGAUUGUUGCAGAGGGUUGAAUGAUUUUUGGGUGAAUUUCUCAUCCACGUAGGGUUGAUUUUUAAUUGCUUUCGUUACUCCGAUAUUUGAUAACUUUGUCGGUUAAAAAAAUUUAACUCGUUUGACAAUUUAGAGACAAACUGCCAAACCAAACGGAAUUUUCUCACCGCUGUUAAGAAAAAUUGCGCGAAAAUCAGUGAAUUUUUACUGAACAAACCGGAAAUUCCAUUCAACUUCGUGUAAAAAUUCAAACUACGUUUUGCUGAUUUUUAGUUGUAUUGGUUACUUUUAGGGAUUAUUUAAAUGUAUGACCAAAUAUUAUUUGAACCGAAGUCUGUGAGUGGAGUGAACUUGUACAUUGAUUAACAUAAGAAAAUAGAUUAAAUUUAGAUUUUUGCCUUUCUGUGAUUGACUGAGAUUGAAUGUGAUGCAUGAGGUGAACACUAGCAUUUCGUUGUCUGCUUGUGUCACUUAUCAGAAACCAAGUAUUAUACGAUGAAAUAUAGUACCUAGUAACUAAUGGGAAUUUUUAUCUUACGAAAAUUUUCACGAGAUUUUUAACAUGAAUGAAGUGUUAUGGAACUGCUCAAUGUACUUAAGCGAGAAAUAAUACUUGAUACGAAGAGGAGAAUACGAGAAAUUAAUGGUCAAGUUACACGAAUCGUGGGAUAUUAUAAUAAAAACGAGAAAAUAUUGUACUGCCCGACGAAAUUUAUGGUGCUAUCUAUGUUUUUUUCCUGCCUUCUUAUCUGCUAUUUUUUCAUUCCCCUGAUAUUGUUGCAUUGCACUUGACACCCCAAAAUGCAUUCAAUAAAUUAUAGCAUUACUCCUGAAUAUUGUUGAAGAUUAACCCCUAAUUUGGUGGAUGAACCCGACUAUUGCUUACGAUUUGGAGAAUAUUGAACUAUUUGUUCACCAAUAACAUCGUCUUUUUGCACUGUCGCAAUUUUAAAAAAUUCUCCCAUCAAAAUUUUUUUCUGGAAUCUCUCCCCUGGGCUAAGCCGAGCCACCCCAAUGCUCCCCCACCCCUCUCAACCCUCAGCAUCCCUCAAUGCGUAAUAAAAAAACAAUGAAUUUCAAGCAAUCAUCAUUUCCGAAAAGAACUGCAAAAUGAUAAUCUUAAUGGAGUGAUGAAAAGAUAACACUCGCCGGAGUUUGUGGUGUUGAAAUAGCUCGGGUGUGUCGUUAAUCGUCUGUGAGUAAGAGCCAACCCCGAGACCCCCUUUCCCCGUCAAGAAAGAUAGUUAACGCAGUAUCACGGAUAAGAACAUCCCCACGUUCUAAUGGGCGCCGCUGUGGUACGUUCAAGUGGAGGAAACCAAGAGGUAAGAGUGAAAACUGGGUUUUCUCGGGUUCCCUUGAGGGGUGGAUGGAGGGGCGCGUCAAUAAUGACCCCGAGGCAUGUCGUAGGAUCGCGAAGUACCCAGGACGGGACUCUUGGGCGAGCCACCUGUUACUCCACCAUUGCCCAACCUCAACCAUCCUCUUUCCGACAUUUUCAACUCCCCCACUCCUCGGCUUGCUCUUUCGUAUCGUUAUUUUUUUUCCCCGCCUCUUUUGAUCAUUUCGUCCACACCCCCUUUGUUUGUUGUUACUAUCGUGCUCAUUUUACUUCCACGUUUUCGGCCGACCGGGGCGAAAAGCCGAGAUAAUCCUCGCUCAUUUAUUGCAACCAGCAAUUAGUGUUUGUACGUUUAACCUCUGGGUUUAACGAGUUUUUGAGGGCAGAUUUAACACUGGAAAUGUCUGGAGAAUGUGAGCAUGAAAUUUUCAUUAUAUGUGAGAGAGAAAUUACGGUGGUUUUGUUAAUGAGUAAAAUGUGCACAGUGAAUAGAAAGAUUUUUAGGUCCGAAAUCGGGAAUUCCUCGGUGGGAGUGAAAGUUUUCGCAAUCAUUUUGUAACUAUUCAUUCACAUUCAAAUUGUGCUGUGAGAAUAAACAUUAUUUUUACCGAAUAUUCGUAUACGGGGAAGAGAUCGUCAGCUUAGACCUCAAUUAUGAUAACACAAUUGUGAAAUAUCUUUUGUGCUCCCAGAUACACGAAGAGAAAAAUUGUUUAACAAUUAUCUACCUAUUCCGUAAUAUCCCAGUCAAAACAGUAUUCAGUAAAAAUGAUCAAUUUUCAUCUAUAAAUAAAAAGUUACAAUUUUAGAACUUGUCGUUCACCUUAAGAUAUUGAAUAUUCGGUAAAAAUGAUUUUUCUCGUCUGUGUGAGGUAAAACCCUUAUUUCAGGAAUUGCUUUUAUUAAAAUAUACGAGAAACUAUCAGACAGAAGAUCAAUGUUUCACUCGAAGUCUGGAAAUAUAGAUGACCUGACUUUUAUAGGAAUUCACGAGAGUCUGUGACAGAAACAUUGAACAUUCCGUUCUAAAUCCGAAACUGCUAAUGAAUUGACACGUUAUCUAACGGAACCCCACCCAUUUUACCCCGGUAUCGUGUAAACAGUAAUGGUAGAAUGAAUGAUCAUCAGUUGAUUUUGUACCACCAAAAAAAUGUUUAAUUUCUGCGGCUGAAAAAUAUAUCAUCCGCUUGCGAUUUGGAAUUUUUGUACAAGAGAUUUCGAAUAAAAUAAUACAAUGGUUCACAAUUUUGAGAUAAAUGAACAUAACAUGAUAUCAGUGCAAUAAUUCACUGGGAGUAGACACUAUUCACCAACCCAUGAUUAUAUACAGUAUUAUACACGGAUUUAACUAAUUUUUCAUUAAAAUCAUGAACACGAUGUCGUAAACUUUUUAAUGAUUCGAGGAAGAGGAGUUGAUGUUAAGAUUCGAUUAUAAUGUGUAAAUAAUUUCAUAA